UUCCUUCUAUGACAAGAUCUCUCAGCUAGUUGACCAAGGGAAGCCAGUCGAUGUAAUGACCAGAAUACGGUGCAGCUUCUGCUCUGAGACGUACUACUACGACCAGUGCCUGCCGUGUCUGCCAUGUGGACCCUGUGGCCCGACCCCACUGGCGAACAGCUGCAAUGAGCCCUGUGUCCAGCAGUGCCAGGACUCCAAUGUCUUCAUCCAGCCCUCUCCCGUGGUGGUGACCCUGCCUGGCCCCAUCCUCAGCUCCUUCCCGCAGAACACCGCCGUGGGAUCCUCCACCUCCGCUGCUGUUGGCAGCAUCCUCAGCUCUCAGGGAGUGCCCAUCUCCUCCGGGGGCUUUGGCCUCUCCGGCUUCGGCAGCCGCUACUGCGGCACAAGGUGCCUCCCCUGCUAA